AUGCUCAGUUCGGUGUCAGUCUCCUCUUUCAAAGGACGCAAGGGUGGGAACAAGUCGCCCAACAAAGCAUGUUACAGUGCAGACAUGACUUGUCCGCCAGACAGCGAGAAAAUCGUAAUAAACUGCGGAGGGGUGCGACACGAGACUUACCGCAGCACCCUCAAAACUUUGCCCGGUACCCGCUUAUCUUGGCUUACCGAUCCGGACGCGUUUAGCAACUUCGACUAUGACCCCAAAAUCGACGAGUUCUUCUUCGACCGCCACCCCGGCACAUUCACAUUCAUCCUCAACUACUACCGCACCGGCAAGCUUCACUGUCCCAACGAUGUGUGUGGGCCAUUGUUCGAGGAGGAGCUCGCCUUCUGGGGCAUCGACGAGACGGACGUGGAGGCGUGCUGCUGGAUGAACUACCGUCAACACAGGGAUGCCGAAGAGGCGCUGGACAGCUUCGAGCAGCCCGAGCCAGAGGAGCCGGAAGACGACCUGGAGCUGACUGCGGACGGAGAGCUCAAGAGGCUGUGCCUGCAUGAAGACGGGCGCAAGAGGAGCUGGUGGAGUGUGUGGCAACCCUAUUUCUGGAAUCUUUUUGAGGAUCCAUAUUCUUCCAAGAAUGCCAAGUACUGUGCGUUCCUCUCCCUUCUGUUCAUCCUCAUCUCCAUCACCACCUUCUGCCUGGAGACGCACGAGGCCUUCAACACCAUCUACAACAAAACAGAGAACGUGACGGUGGACAAUGUGACGCGCCAGGAGAUCGUCUACGAGGUGGUGACCGACGGCUGGCUCACCUAUGUGGAGGGAACGUGCGUCAUCUGGUUCACCAUCGAGGUCAUGAUGCGCGUGAUCUUCUGCCCCUGCAAGAAGGAGUUCUUCAGUAGCACCCUCAAUAUCAUUGACUUUAUUGCCAUCAUGCCCUUCUACCUGGAGGUGGCGCUGAGCGGCCUGGAUUCCAAAGCCGCCAAAGACGUGUUGGGCUUCCUGCGAGUGGUGCGCUUCGUCAGGAUCCUGCGUAUCUUCAAGUUGACUCGUCACUUCGUGGGCCUGCGGGUGCUGGGCCACACGCUCCGUGCCAGUACCAACGAGUUCCUCCUCCUCAUCAUCUUCCUCGCCCUCGGAGUGCUCAUCUUCGCCACCAUGAUCUACUACGCCGAGCGCAUCGGCGCCGACCCUGACGACCCUACGGCCGCCAAACACACAAACUUCAAGAACAUCCCCAUUGGCUUCUGGUGGGCCGUGGUCACCAUGACCACUCUGGGCUACGGGGACAUGUACCCCGAGACGUGGUCGGGGAUGCUGGUGGGCGCGCUGUGCGCCCUGGCGGGGGUGCUGACCAUCGCCAUGCCUGUGCCCGUCAUCGUCAACAACUUUGGCAUGUACUACUCACUGGCCAUGGCCAAGCAGAAGCUGCCCAAGAGGAAGGGCAAGCACAUCCCUCGGCCCACCAUGCCGGGCUCGCCCAACUACUGCAAGCCAGACGCCCUGGCCAUGGCCACCGCCGGGCCGGGUAUGGUGAGCUCAGGCAGCCUGGGGGGAGGGGACUGCCCUCUGGCCCAGGAGGAGAUCAUCGAGAUCAACAGGACAGAUUCCAAGCAGAAUGGCGACGCAGCCAAUGCAGCCCUGGCUAACGAGGACUGCCCCACCAUAGACAUGGUGCUUGGGGAGGAGAGGAGUCCUGCUGCUGGGGGUCUGGGCACCGGCGGCAGCCGUGAGCGCUAUCCCCAUGACCGCGCCUGCUUCCUCCUCAGUACCGGAGAGUUCCGUGCUACAGACGGCAACGUGAGGAAAGCGACAGGCUAUGAGAAGUCUCGCAGCCUCAAUAACAUUUCGGGCAUGUCAGGAGCCCCCAUGCGCCUCACCCCCAUCACCAACCCUUUCGAGCCCCCGGGAACCAACCUCCGCCGCUGUCACUCCCCCAUCCCCUCCAUUUUGUAGCGUCAUGAUGUGGAGAAGCAAGCCAACAAGUCAACUACAGAAGGAGCAUCAGGAAAGAGAGACAUACCAACACCACUGUAAUCCUAGUGCUCCCAUUUAUAUUAGUCCAAUAGUGAUAAUGAUAAUGAGCUGUAGGGGGUGCCAUUUAGCCACAUGUAAUAAUGCUCUAUAUUGAAAGCCAGGUAGAGGGGGACAUGCAGUGUAUAAGAGACUUAGAAUGAAGAGAAAAAAUAUCCACUAUGACUACAUGCACUUUCCCACCACAUGCGAUGUGCAAUAUGUUAAGCCGAAGCAAAAAUGUUAAGAGGUAUUCAGCGUUAGUCUACAGCAAUCUAACGCCUGUUGGAGCAAUGAGAACACACAUCACCACACACACAUACACUCUCCCUCGCUCUCUCUCUCUCAUACACACACACACGUAUACUCUCACACACUUGCCUUAUUAACAGGGAUUGAGUGUAGGUUAGUGAUUUGGACUGAUAAAUAAUGUAGUGAGCUACAAUAGCAGGCCUCCCUGUAUUAUAGUAAAUGUGUGCUGUUCUUGCACUCCGUAUUGCCACUAAUCCUAAAGAGCUCCUUAGUCAAAUGAGACUUGUUCUGAUACUCUACACCCCCACACGACAUCAAGCCUCAACAGCAAACCCAUCCACUCACUCACACACACGCAUCGCUUGUAUUUGGGAUGAGGAACACACUUACAGUAACUAACACCAACAAAAUAUCGAAUAUAUAUUAAAAUGCAUGCAUUUGUUUUUUUUGAAGAAGAAAAAAAAAUCGCACAAAGAAAUUCUUAUAUUUAACAGAAAAUCUUUGAAAAGAAAAAGAGGCAAGCCCAAAGUAAGAAAAUUAUUUUUUAGUAGCACCCAUAAAACAAGCCAUGUACUGGUUAGUGUAGAUCUCCCAGGGGAGAUGACUCAAUGGACCGUUAAAUGUGUUUCCGUGUGCUGAAAGUAGACUGUAUCACACACACAGGCACACACAUACACACACUUAUAGAGACUCACGACCGAUCAAACAGCAAUGUAUCAUUUUAAAAGCUGGGGGUGCUAGAGAGUUGUACUAUACUAGCAUUCAUUCACUACUACAGUUAUUAUCAUUAUCAUUAUUGAUGUUAUCAGUGCCAUGUAGAGAGCUGGAGAGAACGCAAAGCGUUCUGGGGCUUUUGUGCAAUACACAGACUCUGAUGAAAGCCUGAACAACGGCCAUCAAUGUUUUAAAGAAGAUAUUCCGAAUAGCAUCCUAACCCACAGAGAGGGAGGACAUAACAAACUAUUUUUAUAAUGGUUUUGAGGAUUAAAGGGCAGAAGGGAUGGAUUCUCUCUUCUUUCUCUAGGGGGCGGGGUUAGGUGUGGUAGAGAAGAUGGGGUGGGGGUGGAACUCUCAUUCCCAUUGGUCGGGAGCAGUGAAAGGGGCCAUCGAAGCAGGGAUCGGUAUUUCUCAUCAUUGACCAUAUACCGGCCCUACCCGCCCUCCCUGCCCUCUUGUAUGCAGGUGCAUGAAAUGAAGCUUCUUUCUCUUUUUCUAAAUAUGGCUCCUCAGAAAUCAAAUCUGUACACAUAUCAAACUAUACCUUUCAGUCUGCACAUGUCAGUGUCAGGAGGGUGUGGCUAUAAUCAGAAGUGGCUUCGGGUUACCCGUUAGACAAGAGAUCAAUUUCGGUCUUUUUCCAUCUUCAUCAUCGAUCUCCCUUCACUUCCUCAAUCCUUUGUUGUCUUCCUGUAUCGAGCAUUUCACCACAUCGCCACACUCACAAUGACUCCUAUGAUUUGAGUGUAGUGAUUUUUUUUUCAGUUUUCUUUUUCUCUUUUGUCCUUUUUGACCCCCCCCACCCCCACCCCCCCCACCCCCCACCUCUCCCGGUCCUGGCUGCUGAACCAUCGCUCCUCACAAUAAAAGAGGGCACCGUGAAUGGAGGAUGGACUGACAGCGCUUGGUAGAAGAACAGAACGAAACAAUGAUCAAAUUAACAAAAAAGGCAACAUACAUAUAUAGAAAUAUGCAAUGUAUAGAAAUAUAUUUGUAUCUAUGUAUAGUUAAUCCUAUGGAGAUAUGCUGUAUAUCUGUGGCGUACAUGGGACUUGUGUGGCUUUGAGCACACAGACAUGCAUCUACCUUUGGUCCAAGAUGCAAGAGUGCCAAUUUAUCAGAAGGGAGGGGGGGGGGGGGGGGGGUGUUGAAGGAGGACAAAUGUUUUCCCUCCAUACCAGACAUCAGAAAAAAAGAGACCAAAACUUCCUAAAAUCCCAAUUUCUUUUGACAUUUUGUUGAAAUCUAGAAGAUGACGAGGUUAUAGUGACAAUGUUUUAAAAAAUAUAUAUAUAUCUUGAUAUACCCAAUGUCGAUAUUUUAAUUAUUGUCACUCUUAUGGAUUGUAUAUUUUCAUUUUAGUGGUUGAUUUACAGAAAUGUUUAUUUUUGUAUUUUCCGAUGUUACUGUCGAUUUUAUUAUUGAUAUUUAUUGGCAUAGAAUGUUGCCGCCUAUUAAGGUAAUGCGUAUGUCUCUAACUGUUCGUAUCCAGUUCAGUUGCUUGAAAUGUGUCUGUUUGAUUUGACGUGAUUUUUUUUUUUGGGGGGGGGGGUUUGACCUUCCCAUCUCUCCCCGUCCUCAUUUCUCACUCUGCCACCUGCUCCUCUCUCGCUAGAGACAGAGGGUUGUGUAAGGACUGAAGGUGAAAUCUUUUCACAUUUCGUAGAAAUGGCAUUCUCUAUGACUCACAUUAACAUUAGCCUUAUACAGGUGUGGACUGUAUACACUCUAGAUAGUGUUAAGCUAAAAAAGCUAUUAGGGCAACCUCGCUCAGCGAUCGAAGCAAAAAAAAUACAAUUAGACAAAACCCUUAGAUAAUUCAAAGCUCCGGACUCGUUCGGUUGAGAACUGUGUCCUCUACAGGCUCAAGUGAUGCUGUGAGUAGGUUUGACGUUUUAUUAGUAUAAAAUAUGAACUGUUGUUGUGAGUCACGUGACAUAACUCCAUAUCUGCAUUUCAUAUCUGCACAUAUCCAAUAGUAGCCCGAGUGCCAGCUGAUUUGUGCUCUAUUACCAAGUCCUUGUCACUCAUUGUCACAUCAAACAUGUCAUGUUUAGCUUGCCAAUGACAUAGGAGUUGGCUAGACAGCACAAACAGAUCUGGGACCAUGCUAAUUCAAUAGUAGUGGGUGAGAAAUCCGAAAAGCCUUCAUCUGUGUAGUUUGAGGUGGGAGUGACAGGGAGGGUGAAAGCUUGACCUAUAACUAUGGUUGGGGUGGACUCCAUUUUGAUUGCAGUCAAUUCAGGAGAUGCAUUGAAUCUCAAUUCAUUCAUUGAAAAUCGGUUGUUAUAUUAAAUGUCGGAUUUGUUUCAAUGAAUGGUUUGGAUUUUUAUUCACCUCCAGAGUUGAUAUAAUAUAAAUGGAAUUCACCCCAACUUGCACUAGUACUCUACACCCAGAGUAAUAUAUAUGAUAAUAUAGUUAUAUAUGGUAGUACACACAGAUAUAUUCCCUAUACAUGGUUUUGUUGACACCCAGACACCAGUCUACAAACUACCAAAUCUAUUUUUUCUAAUUGUCUCUCUUCAUCCCUACAUCCCUCCCUUCCUCCCCCGUCUUCUCCUUUGAUCUAGUGCUUUGGGAUUUUGUUCUUGUAUUAUAGAAAUUCUUCUUAUACCUGUUAUUGGUCCAAAUGUUCUGUACAGUUGUAAAGUUUUGACUUAUUUCAGUCUUCAUGGGGUUUCCAUUGCAAGCAAUAAGGGAUUGAUAUGUCUAUAUCCAUUAUCAAGGAAAUGUGAUUUGAGAAGACAUCAGAUUUGAUCAUAAGCUUAAUGAAUGUGUAUAUAUUUACUGUAUAUAUUAAGUGCAUAUGAAUGUGUAUAUUUCUAUACACAUAACAUAUAGACUAACAGCAUGCUAUUAGGGAAAAAAGCACUCGCCCCUCACAGUUUUGCCUGAGAAGAGUUGGGCUUAUAUAUGCAUGCUAAGAUGUUCUAGGGUGGAAGAGACCAUUGGUACCCUAAUGGGGAGGGGGUUUGGGAAAGUUUUAUUUUUUAAGGAUUCGGAAGGGUAACCAGUGGUCUUGUGUAGCCGCUCUGUUAUUUCUUAUAGACCUUACUAGACUAACUGGUAACAAUAAUUACUUUAUGAUUUAUCAUUUUUGUUAUCUUUUUACAGAGAACUAUUCUGAGAGCUCAGUGCUUCUCAGGUAUAUGCAAAAAGAAGCAGUAACUGUGAAUUAAUACUAGAGAAAGAAAUCGACGACUUCCUUUUUCCAUGUUAAUCAGAACACGUCCUCAAACCUCCCUUUCCCUCGGUGAAAACCACAUCGGCCAAAGCCCACCCAAACCUUACCGACUUUUCUACACACUUCCUCUCCUCUCUGUUCUCCCUCUCUCUUGUUCCAUCAAUCCAUCCUGUUCUGUCUUGUCCCUCUCUUGCUUGAAAUAUCCUGAGAUACAGUACAUACCCAACAUUUUAUGGGUUUAACGUUUGAAACGAUACGAUAACCUCCACUAUGUGGAGGGAAAGCUCACACAACUUUUGCAUUAUUAGUGACAUUUUUUGUUGUUGAUAAACUAAUAACCUGUAACCUGGGAUAUAAUGUGCAUUACUUCGUUUCGCUACACCUUGUGGUUACAUAUUAGGACAGUUAUUGAGUCAUAGCAAAUAGAAAAACUAACCUUGACUGUCACGAACAAUCUACAAAUAGACUAUACUUGCCCUCUGGUGGUAGAAUUCACACGUAACCAACCGUAGGCUACAGACAUGGAUGACUCAUUGUUGAGCAAAAAUGCUUAUGCUACUUCCUUGUGCAUCCUGCACAUUCUUUAAACUUAGGUCGCAUCUGAAAUGGCACCCUAGUCCCUAUACCGUGCACUACUUUUGACCAGAGCCCUAUUAUAGGGAAUAGGAAUAUUCAAUACCCACUGGGCACAACGUGGAAUAGACAUUGAAUUAACAUCUGUUAACAUCAACGGGUAGUGAAUCCCCCCCCCCCCCCCCCCCCCCCCCCCCCCAUUGUCACUGGGACAGGAGGGUGCUGCUCUUUGACAAGCAGUAGGAGGUGAGCAUGUGACAUUCUAGAAUGGAUCAGUAGAGGUUGUUGUGAUAGGUGGUUAUUUUGCUCAUUUUUGAUGGUUUAGUUAGUGGGUUCAGUUAGUUGAGUGAUGUUCAGGUCUGUGUAUCAUAGCAUAUUUUUGUUCAAUCAUUGCUUCAGACACUUUUUUUUUAACCAAUCCUAAGAAAGGAGAAGGACUUUUAAGAUGCUGAAAUGGAGGAUGUUUUGUAGUCUAGCCAACAACUGACGUAGAAAUUAAUUGAAUAAUAUCAUCAGUGCAAUGUUUUUUUUGACGACACCUCUGUCUUCCCCCUUUUCCACGUUUCCCCUUCCGCUCUCUUCAUCAGUCUCCCUCCGUUCACAACUCAGGUAUAUCUCUCUCUGUGUUGCUUUAAAUCAGUGCUUCCAGACGUAAUGUCUAUCAGAGCCGAACAGAGAGAAGGUUUGAAAUGUUUUGCUUCCUCUCUACUGUAUGUAUGGACUUGUAAAUAUUGUAUGUGUCCUGUGUUCUCAUCCCAGCUCACCUAUGUACCCUGUUAUGUGAUUCUGAGGUUGUUUGGUCCCUCCACUCUCCUCUCUCUCUCCGACACACACGUUUCACCCCAUCUCAACCUAUCCACUUUCUCCUAUCAUUUUUUUGUAUUGGUAUUUUGAGAUGUGCUAUCUCUACUGCUUCCAUUACAAAACCCAAAACUGAAACAACAGACUUUGGGGAAAUUAAAAGUCCCAUAAAUGUUAAAGUUUCAUCUCCCCUAAAAGUGGAUUACAAACGUCUCCCCAGGAUAGGAGUGGACAGAAAAAAAGGACAGAAAGACUGUCAGAUGUUACAUAUAAUGUUUGUUUUUUUGGGGGGGGGGGAGUAGGAACUGUAUAUUUAAAAAAAGGAUUGUCAUCAAAUGAAGAACCAUGAAAUGGAGGACAAUUUGGGGAAGAAAGAAAAAAACUAAAUGAGAGGAGGAAGUAAGCUGAUCACUUCUCAGUUGUUGAGUUUCUAAAAUUCCCCUUCCUGUCCAAGAAGAGGAACAACCAUAGGACACAAUUCACCCAGAGCUCCCUACUGGAUUCACUGUGGGCUGGAGGAAUACGUAACCGGAGAGAGAGAGAGAGAGAGAGAGAGAGGGAGAGAAAAUAGGAGAGAGAGCGAGAGAAAGAAAGAGAACUGAAGGUGAUGGUGAUAAUGGGCGGAUGAUAGAGGACAACGAGAGUCAAAGAGAUUGUUCAUCCCUCCGCACCAGAAGCAUCCUUCGUUCCUGUGGACUCCUCAAUCAGCACCAUGCUGUAGAAAACAAACUCCAGACCAACAUAACAGACUGAAACACAUACCUUAUGUCAGCAUACUUUACCGUGUCUUAUUAUACUAAGUUUAUUGACAUUGAAAUCCCAGACAAAUUAUAAAAGAAACAAACAAUAGAACAGAAUGCCCCUAGGAAAGAGCCAAAGAGUUAUGGGACAGUAGGACAUUGUUCCACAACUUGGUUGUCAUCCUACUGUAUCAUAGGCAAUGCAUGCUCUUAACCACUGUCAAAUGUUCCCUUAGACAAAUGACAUGUUACUGGCUCUCAGAUACAGUAUAUUCAAUUGUUUUUAAAUCUUCCUAUUUGGUACUUCAAAGAUCGGACAUACAGUACGGUAGGCAACAUAAACAAACUGCUGCAGUGGUCUGAGAUUACUCAACACAGUCAGUGUGGAUGUGACUACAGAAAAGGCGAGCCAGGUGCUAGCCAAUGGCAAAAUACAUUGAAAUAACAGUCAUUUUACUGCUUUGCAGCCAAACACUAUGCAAAGCUAGGAGGCCGAAUGACCAUUGCGUCCAGUGACUCCUGAGUCGGCCCACUAUGGUGACGCUACCUGCUUAUGUAAAGUCAGUCACAGCUGUUGGACUGUUUUCAGUGAUUGACAGCCCUUCUCUUACCCUCUCACAAGAGACACACUUCAGAAGAUACUGAAUGAUGGACCACAAUAGUAGAGCUACCAGUUAUAUAGUAUACCAGGCCAUUGGUCAUUUCAUAGAAACCUGCACAUAGGUCUGACAUACGAUACACUCCCUGACUGACUGAUGCUGACUCGUGUUGCAUGAGAGAGGGUGUCGGCUGACCCUAACAGACCUACUCAUCGACCACUUUGAAGGAUUUGGGCCUAAAGAAAACCAGAGUGUGUGCACUGGAGAGUUGAGGAGGACGCCAAAGGAGAGAGACACUGGAAGCAUGACCGCAAUGCGUAUGCCAAGAACGCCAGCGACUGCUGGGAAAACGAGGACAUACGUUGCCCUCUCUUUCUCGCUCUCAAUCGCUCCCUCUCUUUAUCUCCAACCCUCUGCAUCUCAGCAUUGCUGCUCCUCCUCCGUAGCAAACUGCAUGGCAUGAUCGAAAAAAAAACCUGAGGAACGAAACGUAGAGAACAAAAAGGAUGGAGAGAGAGACCAGAGAGACUUUAUUUUUUAAACCAAACAAUCAUAGUCACAUCAACCUUUUUCAAAAAGAUCCAAUUGGUAACUAUUUGCAAGUGUCGAGAUAACAAACGGUCAACUGCACGUUGAGAGAGUGGCUUACUGUAAAGGUCUUUCUCCUUUCUGUAGAAAGGAUGAAGGUCAAAGAGCACUGCACCCCUGGGGGGGGGGGGGGGAAUCACAAGGAAGUGCGAGAAAAGAGCGGGAAGAGAGUGAACUUUGAUAAACAAUUCCGGGAAAAAAGUGAAAAUGCAUUUUUAUUACUUUGUUUACCAGCAUGACUAUUCUGCAUGAGUAUACUUCUGCAAGCCCUAACCCCACCCCCCCUCCCUAAAAAAGAGGGGUAGGAAUUGAAAAAAAUGUACAAAAUCGAGACGAAACAAAAAAUAUUUAUGUUAUAUGCAACUCAUUUUAAAAAAGAGCAGGAUUAUAUUAAAAAAAAAUCUAUAUUUUGUUUUGGGAUAAAAAAAAGGAAUAACGAAAAAAAUAUAUAGGAUUGCAAGAUACACAUUGAACAAUGUUGUCUUGGACAAAUAAGAUAAACACACACCACAAAAUCUACCAGAGAUGAACUGUGCGAGGAACUUCCCCUGAUACUACAACUACUCUACUACUACUUUGAUGACAACUCUUCUCCCUCUCUGCUACUUCUUCUUCUACUGCUCUCACUCUCUGGUCCUACCGCCCUGAUUGCGCCCCCUGCUGCCAAUUCACUGUCUUCCACCCCACUGUCCAUCCAGGUCCCCUCUCCACUGUCUUGUCUGCAUAACUCUGUUUAGUUGGACUGUGCUCAGAUCCAGUGGGUCAUAAUUACUAGGAUCCAAACGGGCCGGGAACGGACUAUACCUACACUUGUCUAACAAGUUUUCCGCUGCAAACCUGUUUGCUACGGUGUGCACCAAUGAAUACGACCAUGUUGGACUCGGUUUUUUUGUUCUUUCAGUCUCGUGCUCAAGGUGGGAGAUGGCAGCUUCACCACGGGACGCGGUUGUAGACUCUAUAAGGUCUCGGCUAACUAAAGCAGUUUAGCGAUACCUAGCAGAGAUUAAACCUCACCCCGUCCCCAGGCUAAAAAACCCACUGCUCAUUGGGAGAAAGUAUCUGAUCUGGUGAACGAGAUUAGCGAUGACCUAACACACAACAAAUAACAUGGAUUGGAUUGUGUAACCCAAUAAUACUGUAGCUCUGACCCUGUACUGUAGCUAGCACCUGUAGCACUGCGCUGACUGGCCAUAGAUAGCGCCAUAUUAGCUCAGCCCUGAUAUUGUAGCUAUACAAUGCGUAGCUUUGUGCUGCUAUGACAUAAUGUACUGUAGGCAUAUCUCCCUGAUUAUGGGGAUGGUGUAUAACAUGUCGUUGUGGCAUUUAACCCCCAACUGCUGCUGGUGCCCCCGGCGUUGGUGAAGCAGCCAUCUUUGCUCCAUUUCCCAGGUGAGGAUAGCAUAUUGGCCAGGAAAACUGCUGUUCAAAGAUGCGUGAAGGGAACGCCAAAACUGUCUUAUCUAUUCUAUUCUGUCAUAAUGAGCUUUGUUUGCGUUUCUGUUGAUGAACAAAAGCUCUCGUUGACCUUCCACUACCCCUGCCUGUUUCGCAGUAUGGCUGUAUGCAUCGCACCUGGGGGGGGGGGGGUCAAAUACAAUUUGGGUCACAUUCAUUUGCAUAUUGCUCGUUUUAGAUUUUUGUCUCAAAUGAGUGUUAACUUGUGUUCACUUCCCAAAACUGUUCCUUUGUUUUUGUUUCUUUAUUUGUUAUUAGGCAAUGAUGAUGAUUUUGAUGAUGUUCCAGAGAGGCUGGGGGCUAACUACUGAGAACUGAGCAACUAACUAUGCAAGAGUUUGACUGUAGCAUACGAUUAACUUCAGUGUUUCAUUGUGCCAAAGGAGUUCAGUGUGUUGGGUCUGUUUGUCUGUUGUGUGGGAGGGCAAGAAUGGGGUAGGGUAAGGAUGGAAAAAGGAGGCAGCUACUAUAUCUAGCAUGGUGCAUUGUUUACUGAAAUGAGUGGGGGUUAAAGUAAUUAGAAUAGGGGCCCCCCUGAAGAUCUCUGGAGUUUGCUACUCAGGAUAUGUCCCUGUACUCACAGUUUUCAUUUGAUACACUGGAUCUCUGUCAUUUAUCACCUUAUGUCUGAUUCCUCCCCCUUUUCCUUCUCAACCCCAUUCCUUUCACAUUCAUUCCUUCUCAACACCUGCCUACUCCUUCUCUCACUCUCUCCCUUUCCAAAAAAGUUUAUUAUGGCACGAUGUAAUGAUUUGAAAUGAUAGAGAUAAGUAACCAUAGAUUAUGGAAGGACGCAUCACUACUAGACAUUUCAUUCUGAAGAUGGAAAUGAUUGUUUGUGAGGUAGAGAAGGAGAGGGAUCGGGUGCAAGGUGGAUGGGAAGAAGAGGAGAUGGGCACAACUGGCUUAGAUACAGAUAAAGACAAGAGGUGAAUGGAUCAUACCCCUCCCCCCCAUCAACCUUCUGGUAGCACACCCCACACAGACACGUUAAAUGGAAAUGUAGACGUUCCAUUUAAAAUGUCGGGGGGGGGGGGGUCUAGUGUCAGAGCAAUAAUUUGUUCCAAACCCUCGAUUUUGUGGGGGAGUCCAAUGCCAUUUACCUAUACUUACUGUCAAAGCAAGCUUACCACCUGUAAAAAAGAAAAGAAAAAAAGGAACCUGUUAAAUACUUUAUUCUGUAUUGUUUUCAUCUUGAUUUUAAAGCAUGCAUACACAUCUAGUCUCUCUGAGUUUUGGGAUGGGUUUUCACAAAACAGGUGGUGAAUAUACUGUGAAUAACCGCCAUCUUGUGUGAAUGACUGUACUACCACUGUGUCAGUAGGAAUGUGUGUGUGUGUGCUACCAGAAGACACGUUGUUCAGGUGGGGGUGUGUGUGAUCCUCCUCCACGCCCACUUGAGAGGAUUGAUAGCUCAACACUUGCAUAACUUUACUUGAAACCCAAAUACAAAACAUAUCAAGAAAGGAGCAGAGUAAAGCCAGAAACCCCACUGUCAUAUAUUCUUUCCCAGUCUUUCCUCCCUCUCAUCCCCCUCUCUUUCUCUCCCUCCUCCACACAUUUUUGAGGAAGAAGCUCUUUUUGCAUCCUUGUUCUUGUGUUUUUCUAACAUAUUGUUUGAAGUUGAAUUCUAAUGCAUGCGCGGGAGAGAAAAAAAAAGACGACUUAACUUAUUUGUGAAUGGCCAGAAUGAAGUAACUCUCUUUUCGCCGGCAAUCUCUGUCUUCCUCUUUCAGUCAGUGGUGAGAUGAUGGGGGGGAAUAUGCAAACUGAAACACUCUUUAAAAAAAAAAAGUCUAUAUCACUGUUUUAUGUUCAUUUUUUUGUUGUCAUAUUUUUUGUUUACUGCAGUGUGUGUGGCUUGACUGAAUUGGUAGAAAUACACUGGCUAUCUUUCUAUGUGUAUUGCGCUUGGAAGGAAAGGGAGGUGAAAUAGGCUCAGUUUCAUGAGUCCGACAUCUUUCCUAAUACACAUACAACCGUUUGGGAGAUCUCAGCAGUGCUAGUAGCAUUGUGCCAAUCUGUCCAUUCUGUUCCAUUUGUACAUGUCCCUCUGUCUUUUGCAUCUGUACAUCUCUAUAUAUCAUUCAGCCUGUCACUUCUUCUGUCUAUAACAGUAGAUGUAUCUCUUAUUCUACCCCUCUAGAUACAGAUACGUCAAUAUCGUUGUUUUCUGUUAGUUUUCCUUAUUUGGUGUUUUGACUUAAUUUCUUAUAAUUUGGUGCCUUGUUUACUCUUCUGUCUGAUUCAUGUUGUCGGUGAUUUGUGUUAUGAAUUUUACAUUUGAAAGAACAUUGCACUACUAGCACCAAUGCAGCUAAUGUUUCUAUUGGUCCUGCCAACUGUUGUGACUACAUCGCCGCUAAGCGAAUAAGGCACUGGGUGCAGCCAUGCCACUUUCCUAUCAGGGGAGAAAGAGAGGGAAGACAGAGACGGGAGAAGAGAAGGUUACUACAAUAACACUGAAUGGGGUUUAUGCUAUAAAGACUGAUGCUGGAUACAAUUUUAAUGUCAUAACACAGAAAAAAAUGAAAUAAUCAAGAACUGUAUAAAAUAUAUUUCAAUGGAA